AUGAGUGCUUUAGAGGAUUUAGCAAUAUCUACCUACGAACAUGUUGGCUGCUUGAACAUGAAAAAUGAGUAUCAUCUUACAUUUCAACAAGAAUUAUCUAACGAUAAACAAGAAUCAUCAUCGUAUCAGAUAUUUUCAAGUUCGAUAAUGAAUGCUGAACUUUGUUUUCGUCUUUGUCGACGAUGGACUAUUUUAGUAUACAAUAACUUGAGAUGCAUUUGUUUAUAUACCUUGAGUGAACAUCAUCAGCUUGCAAGAUUAGGUGAAUGGACACUAAAUUGUACGAGUGGCUAUUUUGUUUACGCUCUGGGAGAGAACAAAUCGAAGACAAAUCGAGCAAAAUUUAAUCCAUUAACAAAAAUAUCUACGACUGUUUAUCCAGCAUUUAGUGGUUAUGAUUGGUCUCUAGACGGUUGUUACUAUUUUCAUGAAAUACAACGUGUGAUAGUUGAUUUAAGAUUUGAGUCAGAUUAUGAAUUAGGAAUGCAAGCGUGUAUGAGAGUAUGUUUAGUAAGAAAUAACAAAUCUGGAUACUUUUUUAUGUCACGUAAAAAAUAUUGUUAUUGUUCAGCAUCGUUUAUCGAUGCAAAAAUUCUUUUCAUCAGUACAACAGCACUUAGAAAAUCUUUAAAACAGUGUUCAUUUCUAACACCGAUAUGUUCCGCCAUUAAAAAUACGGUAACAAAUUCGUGUCAACAAUAUAUUGAUGAUACAAGUUUUGAUACAUUAGUCAAAAUUGAUUAUAAAAUGUAUUGUCUCAAUAAUACAUUUGAAUAUAGUCGUGCUCUUCAUCAGUGUAUACAAUUAAUUAGUCUUGGAUUGUUACCAUUUUAUCAAAAUUACAAACAAUUAUGUUCAAUAAGUAAAACAUUUCAGCUUGAUUCAGAACAACAGUGGAUAUAUUUAAUAACAAACUAUUUACCAGCUAUCGUGAAUGAUAGACCAAAAACUUCACUUUGGAUUGAUAGAAACUCAAAAUAUGCCUAUAAAUUACUAACACAAACAGAUAAAUCAAUAUACAAUUACUCAAAUGAACAACAAUGUUUGAUUUUGUAUCCAACUUUAAAUUCUUGGAACAUUAAAAUUGUUUCAUGCCAAUAUCAUUAUGCAUAUUAUGGCCUUUGUCAAACAGAAGCAAUCGAACAAAAUCCGAAUCUAAUGGAAGAAUUUAUAUUAAAAUUAAAUCAUCAGUAUUUUGUCGAUAACUUGCGUAAAGCUGAACGACUAUGUGAACUACAUAAUGGGCAACUGACAAAAUUUCAAACACACGAAUGGGGUAAUGUCAAUUUACUAACGCUUUUAAAUGGUAGUGCUGAAAGAUCUUUAAAUGAUGCUAGAAUUGAAUUAUUUUCUUAUCAUCUUGAAAAUACCAUUUAUCGUAAUUGGACGCAAAUGCCCGAAAUGAAAAAACAUUGGUUAAGACUAUUACUUGGUAGUACAAAAUCGACUACUACAAGUAUUAAAAAUGAAUGUGUGUUAAGAUACUAUGCACAUGCUUCUGGAGGCUUUACAAUGCUUAAUCAAUGUCAAGAAGCAGGACAUCCUGUUUGUAUAGCCGAUAUAAUACAAAGAGAUAUUAGAAUUGGUAAUAAAAACGAAUCGACUAGUACUAUGUCACUAUCCACAAUAGCUAUUGUUGAAAACAAAACGGAAUCGAACAAUAAUACUAGUGAAUUAUUCAUCUACGAUUGUAAAAAUUGUACAGCUGACGAAGAUUUAUAUAACAAUGUGACAAAUAUUAGCAGUCCUCUUUAUAGUUUUGACUCAACAUCGAAGUCACAUCAUCUUUUAAAUCGUUACACAUUUACACUCUCGGUGACUGCUGCAUGUGUCGUCUUUCUUUUGCUUUCAUUGGUAGGUGCACUAUGUUAUUUUCGACGACGUCAGUCAUACUCAUUCACUGCUACUCCAACUCGAGCUGUCACUCUGUCUCCUACAGCCACAGUUGUUUACAAACGUUUAAAAACAAAACAACAAUUAAAAAAGUCAAAUAAAAAAACGGAUGAUCAACACUCAUCAGAAUUAUUAUUAGAUGAGAAUGUUGAUCUUAUUUCCAAUGUUCGAUUAUCAUCAUUAGAAAAUGAAAUACAUCAAGCUGAAAAAUGA